UUUUAUCAGGAAGGGGACGUGACAAGUGGGUAGCUGUCUUGCUUAAGCUCGGUAGCUCCAGUUUCCUUGGGAUUUACAAUUUUUAUUGAAUCAUGAAUGUACGGCCAAGUGUUGUGCGACUAGCCUGCUAAAUAAAUGCAACCUCGCCGAAUCUGUCGGUAGUUACACUACCAGCUAACCAACGUUAGCUAACGUUAGCUAGCUAGCGCAGCUAAUCGGUAUCAUAGAAAGGAAACCAGAUGGCUAACGUUAGCUAGCCAGCUUGCUAAUGCAUUCACAAGCUAGCCGGGAAAUUGGUUACUGACAUUUGGGAUCUCUUUCUUGCAAUCUUGGUUUAUAAUCUUGGUUUUGGAAUACAAAGGCACUUUUGGAAUCAGAACAAUGAGCGAAGAAGACACUUGCACAACGCCAGUGAGCAAAGACUCAAACAUGUCGCUUUUGCUCACUAAAGACGGACAGACGUACUUCGUUGACAAAAGUGGCGUUGUAGAGAGCAGGAAUGUGGUCACACCGCAGGAGCCCGACAGCAACAUUUUCUCGUACGAUAUGGAGGACCCAGGUGAGGAGAGCGACGUACUGGAAACCGUGGACCCCAGGGACAGCACCGCUAGCCCAGAGGAACUAAACGACGAGGAGGCUUUCGGUGACAACGAAAAUGUGACGAAGACAUGCACGUACGAAGGGUGUACAGAGACCACGACGCAGGUGGCCAAGCAGAGGAAACCGUGGAUGUGCAAGAAACACCGCAAUAAAAUGUACAAAGACAAAUACAAGAAAAAGAAAAGCGAUCAGGCUAUGUCAACCGGAAAAUUAGACGAAAGCACGGAGGAGAGACCAGUAUCUGUCACCAAGCAACGCCUGGGUACUAUGGGUGACCGUCCUGCCAGGCCAUCUCUCAUCGAACAAGUAUUAAACCAGAAGAGACUGUCUCUGUUGAGAAGCCCAGAAGUCAUCAGUUUCCUACAGCAGCAGCAGCGACUACUGACCGCCCAGACCCGGGGACAGACGCAACAGGACUAUUAAGGCCAUUUGUGGAGGAGGAAACACAGUUUGUUUCUGUUGGCAGCCAGAUAUACGCUAGAAAAAUCUGAACGAUCCAGCUUGGACAGCUCUUCACAGGCCUCCCUAAUGGGGUGCAGAUAGCAGAUAUAUUUCUGCUUAACGCAAGGCCUUCACAGACAUUACGUCUAUUGCCACGCUGAGAGGACUGUCUCCUCCAUUAUUGUGAAAACAGUUUGUGUGCUCAUUGAUAAGGCUUUUUUUAAGUUUUGCUGCAUGUAGAACAAUUGUUAGAACUUUGCAACAGUUAUCCCAAAAAGGUGUCAUAGAAGGUUUAAUAGAACAGUGUGAUUUUAAUUUACAUUGGACUUUCGGCUAGUUUGGUUUAGGUGUAUUGCCACUAAACAACUUUUAAUUUGCACUAUGCACACAGAACCUCCCUAUUUCUGUGUUCUAAU